AUGCCCGGAGAGGACCCUCAAAGACAUCUCCAAGACUUUGAGAUGACAUGUGGAACGGUGCGCACCGCUAGCCAAGCACUUGGUGAAUACAUCCGACUCCUUACUUUUCCGUUCUCUCUGUUAGAGGGAGCGAGGGAGUGGUUGUAUGAUUUACCCGAAGGAAGCAUUCGAACCUGGCAGGAGCUACAAAGCAAGUUUUUGGAGCGAUACUUUCCAGCUGCCCGGAUCCAGAAUCUGAGGACUCGAAUAAGCAAUAUAAAGAUGGGAUCAGCAGAAGUUUUAUACGAGUACUGGGGAAGGUUCAAGCAGAUGCUGGCCAAAUGCCCACAACACCAAAUACCGGAUCAUGAUCUUAUUCGGUAUUUUGUGGGAGGACUCCGGAGGCAAGAUAGGCAAUGGUUACACGCUGCAUGUGGAGGAUCGAUCUUAAACAAAUCCGCAGCGGAGGCUUUCAAACUCAUAGCCGACAUGGCAGAGGAAUCGAGAGAUGAGGAAGGAACUAUAGUCAGGAACCCUCUGACGCCAGCCACCUCUGCCCAAGACGAAAAGUUGGAUAAGCUGUGCAACAUGUUCGAGAAGUUUAUGACGAACCAAGGAGCAUCCAAUCAGGGAAUCCACAACAUUCGGAAGCCUGUGAAGGCAUGCCAACUCUGCAUGGCAACUUCACAUGCAACCGAUGAAUGUCCACAACUUUUCGAAGAUGAAGAGCUUAAUGCCAUUGGGCAACAGUCAGGAGGGAACAAUGGAGGACAGGACCAGAAACCUUUUGAGCCCUAUAGACAGCAGUAUAACAAUCAAGGAUGGAGGCAGCAUGAGAACCUUAGGUACGGCAACAACCACUAUUUGGGGCCAAACCAAGGGCAAACAAGUAACCACCACAAUACUCGCAACAACCUCAACAAGCAAGAAGAUCUUCCUUGUCAGAGCUAG